GAAUAUUCACAAAUUUACAGUACCUUCAACUAAUUGUUAGCUUAAAAGUAAGAGACAUAGAUAUGUAGAUUUGUGAUAAUAUGAAUAUCGAAUGACCAAUUACUGAAAUAUGGGAAGUAACCAGUCAGUCCCCUGGCAAAGUCCAGAUGAAGAAAUGGAAGACUACAUUAGAGCCUCCCAACAUCUGAGGCAUUCAGUGCCUCAUAUUGUGAAGAAAUUAUAUCUUAAGAGAAUUCUGGAUUUUGGCUUCCAAGCACGGUGGGAAAUCAAGAAAGCUUGUGAUGCAGUUUUUCACAAUGUUGUAGUCUUUAGGAACCAAGAACUUGAGAGACAAAAAAGCAAACUCAAUGACACAUCUUUUACCAUUGUUGGAUGCAGACCGUCGUCUGAGUACAAAGUUGUUGUUUAUCCAAGAAAUGCUGAAGGAGUUAUCAAUGGUCCAGGAAUAAGCAGAAUAUUUUGGACAGAUCCAACGCCAAUACAUGGUUUGCGAGUUAAUGAAGACAAAGGAAAGAUAUUUUUAUCUUGGGACGAACCUGAAGAAGACAAUAUUCGAUACAAAAUUGAAAGCUAUGAAGAGGGUUUUUUGUGGGGAUGGAAUCUCAUUGGCUGUGAAGAAACUGACCAGCCACGCUUUUGGCUCAAAUCACCAACACCAGGAGUAAAAUACUGCUUCACUAUUCAAGCAACAAAUUUUCAUGGCCUAGUUGGGGAGAAAAAAGAAAUUUAUAAGAAAUGUACCGGCAAAUACACUGUACAUGUUUACAUAGUCAAAAAGGAUCCCCACGAUAUAAGUGUUCUGUAUGGGUUAGAUGAGGAAGAACUGAAGAAUACUUUACAAACAUGGAUUGAUGAUGGAUACAGCACUAUUCGUCCAGUAUCAAUCCCCAUUAUCAUGUACAGCUCGAGAAAAUACAAGAGUAAGCUAAACUGCGAAGCAAGGUCUGUUCCUGUCUACCCAGACAAAGGUCACGAAUUGGAGGAUCAGUUGCUUCUGGACGACCACACGGUGGCGUAUAGUUUUGUUGCCAGAGCUUCGGAGAGAGGCGAAUUCGUUCUCGAAUUCAAGAUAGAGGAAAAUGGCAACCUGAUCAAGACUGAACCAUUUGUUCUAAAUUCAGCUGGCACCCAACCUCUUCAACAAUAUCAUGUUCAAACCGCCAAUGCAAACUUUGAAGAAAACGGUGGAGAUGUCGUACUGAGUGGUGGAGGGGUUGCCUAUGUUGGUUCUGGACAAAGCCAUAAUUAUAAUGUGCCAGGCACUACGGGAUCUGUUCAAGGGCAUCCAGUUAGUCAAGAAGAAAGAAGAAACACUCCGACCAGAAGUUGGCGUGAAAGAGCACUUCCAACAUCUCGGCGAUCUGGAUAUGAGCGGUUGUAACAUUGCAAGACACAAAACAAGCAAACCUUUAUCCAACGAUUGACUAAGUUUUUUAACAUAAACCAAGUAAACUCACCUGGGCUGGAGUGGAAAUGAAAAUCGACUUCGACUUUGCUGAAAUAUAUUUCUGGCUUUGAUUCAGAGCUAAAUAUUAAAUAGAAUUUCGAUAGUUAAUGCUCAAUGUUCACCUGUGAAUUUUCCAUCAGCAUUGGAUGUAACUUAUUUCUAGAAAUUAAAUUUAGCAAAGAACGCUUAAUUUGUACAUAUUUUAACCUACGGUAAGACUACACCUGGGCAUAUGGUGGUAUACCACAUGCUAAGUAGCAAUGUAAUAUUUGUGUCUUUAAAGAAAAAAAAACGAUCUACAAUUAAUUUUUGAUACUUGAUUUCCUACAGGAGUUUUGUAUUGUUUUUAUAUUUUUUGUUAACCCCCUGAGACUUAUUUGGACCAAAAUUUGUUAAUUUGAUUAUUAAUCUAAAACAGCUAAUGCCUGAUUGUCACUGUAAGGCUUUUUUUAUUUUUAAUUGUUUUUAUAUUUCACCUCGAUAAAAAUUUCACUGAUUUUGAUGAAUUGCGCCACAGAUUAAAAUUAUGUUGUAUAUAAUUCUGCAAUUAACGUGAUUUCUUACUUUUUAUUGGAAAAAUUUUGCGCUGAUCCAAGUUUGAGAUAUGCUACAAUCCACUCUUAUACACUAACAUAUUCCUAUGCAGUUUUAUCAGGUGUCUUAUUUUUUAAACUCCAUGAUCAAAUUUUUUACUUUCAAAUUGUCCUUUUGUUCGUGCUCAGGAACAGUCGAAAACAGGCAAUUUAUCAUUCAGAAAUAAAAAAAUUUUAAUAUGAAAUUGGCCAUCAUCAAACGUGCGUACAAACACAUAGCUUGGUAUGGUGUCUCAAUCUUGCUCAAGCUCCAUUUAAAAUAGGCAAAAUGUAAGCUUUGGGCCACCUGCACAAAAAAGAAAAGUAUGGUCAACGUAUAAAAUUGCUACUUUUGGUGCAAUGGCCUGUUUCCAGUGUUAAGCUGUGAUAUUAACUAUGUUGGUUGGAGAUUUCCGGGUUCAAUCUUCAUGCCCAUCACAUCACCAAGGCUUCAAUAAAUUUGGUAGGCAAUGCAAAACAAAAAUGAUUUCGUCUUCUUGUUGAAACCAUUUUUAUAUCAGUAGCUGCUUGCCUAAAGCCCGCAAUAUAGUGUAAAAACUUGAAAGUCAUCUCAAAUCAACUUUUAAUAGCCAAUUAACUCUAGUUGCAUGAAUAUAGAGCACCAAUUUGCAAUAAACCCCAUUUAAUUCAUACAGCAUGUUCUAUAAGCAUGUUUUACCACCACUGUAAAAUUAAAUUCUGAAUUUUGGGCAGACUGUAUAAUAUUUUUUCUAAUUUGUUGUUGUUAGACGUAUGCAUUUCAACAUGACAUAGUUUUUUGUAAGACAGUUAUAUUGCUAAUUAUGUGUAUCAUGGUCAUCAAUUUUGAAUAUAUCAAAUUCUUCAC